AUGAAGAGAGCAUUUCAAGAAGAUUGUCCUAAUUUACCAAGCACAUCGGAGUCAACAGAUAGAAAAAGGUCAAAGCUUGUUAACAUCUUGUUUGUUUGUGAUGAGUGGAUCUCCAGUAAGGGCGGUUUGUCAACUUUCAACAGAGAAUUUGCAAUCAAUCUUGCUAAAGCAUCAAGGGAUGACUUUCUUAUUCACUGUUCCGUCUCUCAGAGCAGUGAAUCAGACAGAGAAGAUGCUGGGAAAAAUGGCGUGAAUUUAAUAACAGCAAAAAGUGUGCCGGGAACUCAUGACCGUCUGGAAUGGCUGAGACUUGUUCCUUCGGAGCUCCCACAUCCUGAUGUUGUUAUCGGCCAUGGACGAAAGUUUGGCACCCCUGCUUAUUGCAUUGUACAAAAUACCAAGUGCAAAUGGAUACAGUUUGUGCAUGUAUUUUGCGAAGACCUUGGAAAGUACAAACAAACUGAUACUAAUACUCAAACAGAUGCAGUGGAGGAGAAUGAGAAGAAACAUAAACAGGAAAUCAGCCUUUGCGAGGCUGCAAACACCGUUGUCGCUGUUGGUUCACAACUCCAGCAAAAGUACAGCAGAUGUCUCCCAUUCACGAAAGUUCACAUCAUCACUCCUGGAAUUUUGGAUAAAUUCGUCAACCUUUCAGAUCAAAUACUUGCCAAUAUUUCACAUAGUCCUGACGAGUUCAGUGUCUUUGUCUUUGGGAGAGGAUCUUAUGAAGAUCUGUCACUCAAGGGCUUUGAUAUUAUUGCCAAUGCAUUAGGUUCUCUUGGGGAGAAGUAUAAGAUGACAUUUGUUGGUUCACCUGAAGGCCAACAUAGAAAUAUAAUGGACUGGUUUCUACAAAAUACAAGAAUAACCAGGAGGCAGUUAACAGUUCGUGGUUUCUGCAAUCAAGAUGAAGUGAAAAAAAUGUUCUAUGAAGCAGACUUGGUUGCUAUGCCUUCUCGUACCGAAGGCUUUGGUCUGAUUGCUCUGGAAGCCAUUUCUGCUGAUGUCCCUGUUCUUCUUACCAGUGAAUCUGGAAUAGCUAAAGCGUUGGAGCAAGUUGACGGUGGAAAGUCUGUUAUCAUUAAAUCAGAAGAUCCGGAAGAGUGGUCCCAAAGAAUCAGAACUCUUUCUGAGAUGAAGUUGAAAGAGAGACUUAAAACGUCUAUUAAUCUCAGAGAAAGCUACAAAAAGACAUUCCCUUGGGACACCCAGUGUGAGAAUUUUAAAGAGAUCAUUUUGAGGAUGAUGAGUGACAACUGCUGUGCUGAAAGUGAUGAAGGUAAAAUAUGUUUCAUGUUAUUGGCUCUUCAUUUUCAUGAUAGAGGGUUAUUGCGUAGUAUCCAGUAAAAAAAGCCACAAGAUUACACUUAAAUGCAUAUUAUUUUCAUGCCCAGAAUAAGAUUCGUUUUAGAGAUUACGACUAUUUUUACAACUUUGUCUCCUUGGGGAAAAAACAUGGAAGGUGACCAGAUUUUAAAUCAGUAGAAGAUUCUACCAACCUCCCACCCACCCCUUUCCAAACAACCCAAAAUUUCGCCCUAAAUGAGAAGUGUUAAGUGUUAAAAUGGAAAAAGAAGCUCCAAAUCAAAAAACAAAAAUAAUGAAUCAUAGCCUGAACCCGACGGACUUAAACCAAAGGCAAUAAAAUGGAAAAAGAAGCUCCAAUUAAAAAAACAAAAAAAAAUCUAUCAUAGCCUAAACCCGACGGACUUAAACCAAAGGUAAUAAAAUGGAAAAAGAAGCCCCAAAUCAAAAAACAAAAAACAUCCAUCAUAGCCUAAACCCGACGGACUUAAACCAAAGGCAAUAAAAUGGAAAAAGAAGCCCCAAAUCAAAAAACAAAAAAAAUCCAUCAUAGCCUAAGCCCGACGGACUUAAACCAAAGGCAAUAAAAUGGAAGAAGAAGCUCCAAGUCAAAAAACAAAAAAAAUCCAUCAUAGCCUGAACCCGACGGACUUAAACCAAAGGCAAUAAAAUGAAAAAAGAAGCCCCAAAUCAAAAAACAAAAAAAAUUCAUCAUAGCCUAAACCCGACGGACUUAACCAAAGGGGUAAGGGGAGGGGUAGGCUGGCAGUUUCCAAAAAUCUUCCUCUGCUAAUAUAAGACCAUCCCUUAAAAAUAGGUAACAAUCAACCACAUCAUUGUUUUAUUGCGCGUAAAUAAUGAUCAUUGUUUUCUUUUUCCAAUUCUCCAUUUCCCAUUUUUAAAGAUGCAUUCUGUUUCUUCCUGACAUUCAUAUUCCAAAAUAAUUGUCUUCUCAGGGAAAGGUGUCUCAUCCAUUCAUGAGAAGUCUGUUCCAGUUCAUAUAGAGAACAUGCACAGUGAUUUCAAAGCCGUAUAUGAUGAUCAACACGUUGGUGUGUUACAUGCCGCUGCAGAAAACGGAGAAACUGAAAUCAUUGAGUUAUUGGUGUCACAAGGAUGCCUCGUAGAUUCAAGGAACAGGGAAGGUCUAACUCCACUAAUGAUGGCAGCUGUUUAUGACGAACCAAGUGCUUUUCAGAUGUUGUUACAGAACGGUGCUGAUCCAUCAUUGAAAGACAACGAUGGGUUGAGUCCGCUCCACUAUGCUGCAAAAGGUGGUAGUACAUCUAUUAUCAACAACCUGUUAUCACUUGGUAUUGACAUUGAUUCAAGGACCAAUGCUGGCGUCACUCCACUGAUGACGGCAGCUUUUUGUGACAAACAAAGUGCUUUACAGAUGUUGAUACAAAACGGUGCUGAUCCUUCUUUAAAAGCUGACAACGGGUUGAGUCCGCUCCAAUGUGCUGUCCAGGGAGGAAAUCCAUCCAUUAUCAACAACCUGUUAUCACUUGGUCUUGACGUUGAUUCAAGGGGCACACAAGCUGCCACUCCGCUGAUGGUCGCAGCUGCUUUUGACAAACAAAGUGCUUUUCAGGUGUUGAUAGAAAACGGUGCUGAUCCUUCUUUAAAAGCUGACAAAGAGUUGAGUCUGCUCCACUGUGCUGUCCAGGGUGGAAAUACAUCCAUUAUCAACAAGCUGUCGUCACUUGGUCUUGACAUUGAUUCUAGGAGUGGUAGUUUUAACCGCACACCACUAAUGUGUGCAGCUGCUGAUGGUAAACAAAAUGCUUUUGAAAUGCUGAUACAAAAUGGUGCAGAUCCAUCUUUGAAAGACGUUUUUCAUUACAGUCUGCUCCACUCUGCGGCACAAGGAGGAGAUGUGACCAUUAUAAACAAGCUGUUAUCUCUUGGUCUUGACAUUGACUCAAGAAGCUUACCAGGUGAAACGCCUCUGAUGCAUGCAGCUGCAGAUGGCAACCAAAGUGCUUUUGAGACGUUGAUACAGAAUGGCGCUGAUCCAUUCUUGAAAGACAACGAUGGUAGCUGUCUGCUCCACCAUGCUGCAAACGGUGGAAAUACAUCCAUUAUUGAUAAGCUGUUAUCCCUUGGUCUUGAUGUUGACUCAAGGAGUUCUUAUAGCUCUUCCACUCCUCUAAUGUAUGCUGCUGAGUGGCCUCAACAAAGAGCUUUUCAGAUGUUGAUACAAAACGGUGCUGAUCCUUUUUUGAAAGAUAAGGAUGGAUCCAGCCUGCUCCACUGUGCUGCACAAGGUGGAAAUAUAUCCAUUAUCAACGAGCUGUUAUCACUUGGUCUUCAAAUUGAUUCAAAAGACCUUAGUGGCAAA